AUGCUUCGACUUUUCGCCUCCAGGAGACUACAGCAUGCUGCGGGAUCUCUCAUCUCGCAAGAGGCAAGAGCUAUGAGCACAAUUUCCGCAUCGUCGACACCCAGACGGCUGUCUCCCAUACAAGGCGAAUCGAGCUCAGAGAAGCCCAACUCACAGCCAUCUUCGCCAUCGCCAUCACCGUCGCCGUCGUCCUGGCCCUCAGCCUCGCUUCCGCACCCUUCAGAGUCAACAGUAAGGCUAGGCGACAAGCUCGAUAACCUCAUGGGAAGUCUACAAGCUUCAUCAUCGAAAACACCAGCACUAGAGGCCAGCCAAAGCACUCUCUCAGCUUUAGCGCUCCCCUUCACCCCCCCACCUCCACCCGAGCUCGACCCAUUAGAGGUUUCGGAGACCGAGAAGGCAAGCAGGCGGAAAAGAAAUAGGAAGGGAAAGGGGGAGAAGAAGGAAAAGAUGUCGCGGGAUGUAAUAAUCGCACCCACUCGAGCAUCAGGUGGUAUACCAAAUCCCUCACCACAAUAUAUGCUACAGAGUGCUUCGCUGCCAGUCCCGCUUCAAGUCCCUCAACACCUCCUGGUGGUGCUUGAUUUAAAUGGCACAAUCUUAUUCAGGCCGAACAGAAAGCAACCCACCAAGUUUGUAGCCCGCCCUCAUGCUCUUCGCUUCCUGGAAUAUUGCAUCGAUAGAUUUACCGUUGUAAUAUGGUCCUCCGCCCGGCCUGAGAACGUCAACAAUUUGAUCGAAGCCAUCAUCCCACCCCACCUUCGCCAAAAAGUUGCAGCAAUUUGGGGUCGCGACAAGUUCGGCCUUACGCCCAAAGAUUACAGCCUCCGGAUACAAUGCUACAAACGGCUCACAAAGGUAUGGUCUGAUCCGCAAAUUGCGCAAACACACCCAGAUUAUCAGUCUGGACGAACAUGGGAUCAGACGAAUACGGUACUGGUAGAUGAUUCCUUUGAGAAGGCAAGGAGUGAGCCUUUCAACUUGCUCGAGAUUCCGGAGUUUUCUGGCGAUAUGUAUGAGCCCGGUGAGAUACUGCCUCAGGUUCACGAUUACUUGAACUUGUUGAGCAACCACUCAAACGUCAGCGCUUGCUUGAGAGCUGUGCCUUUCCGAGCUCUGACUGCUCCAGUGGGACCGGCACCUGGCACAUAUCAUUAA